AGCUGCAGCAUGAAACAGUAUCUUUAGCAACUGUGCUGACUUCAUAAUGACUCGAGCUGCCGUGUUCUUCAGACUCAUUGAACUUGUUCGCAGCUAGAUUUCGCUCUCAAGAUCCUUCCGACUCACUUUAAAUUUCCACAUGUCUGCUUUUAUGAGAAUUAUGCUGUUAGUCGAGAAGAAGCUGGUUUAGGUGGCAUUGACACCCGCAGACCUGCCUGCCUGCCUACAGACGCCUUCGAGAAACCCCAUGAAACAAACAGGAGCAUCGGGGGUUGUAAACAUCAAACUUUCUCAUGGAGAGGAAGACACAUUACGAUUCCAUCAUGGACCGAAGCAAACGCAUCACGUGGCAGGAUGACUGCUACAUGGACCUUCAGUCUACCUGCUCGGCCUCGUCACGAGCAGAAGCAGAGGAACUUGGCUGGAUCCAAAAGCAUCACGAGCAGCUGCAAAGCUUUAUCACGCCCUCCUUCCUGGAAGAGAUUUUAAGCCACCUGAGGAAGGUAGAUGUACUGAGUUCAUCUGAGGAGACCAAGAUCAAGGACGCAGGCCAGUUGCAGGACCAAAUUAACAUGCUCACUACUAUUGUCACCGGCAAAGACAAUCAAGGCUCUGAUGCCCUUCAGGGCUUCAUAGAAAGCUCCAGUUCUCAGGUUUCCCAGCUCAUCAUAAACCACAAUUCCAUGGUGAAGCAGCACAAAGAGGUACUGUUACGGCGAUAUGAACAGUACAGAGAAAGAGACUCAGUCAGCUGCCCCAAACUAAACGUCUCCUCAAGAACCUUACUGAUGGUCGAUGGACUUUCUGACCUCCAACAAAAAGAACACGACUUGAUGCAGGUGGGAGUGACUCGAGGAGGGAAAAGAAAUCAUCUCAGGCAGCUGGGGCUGGCCAAACUGUUCGAACCCCUGACUCGAGUCAGUGUGCCUCCCAGAGUGUCCCUCACAGUCGGGGUGGCUGGUAUCGGCAAGACAACCUGGGUACGACACUUCAUCAGACAGUGGAGCCAAGGGGCCAUCUGUACAGACGUGAACUUUGUCUUACCUUUCACCUUCUGUGAGCUAAACUCAGUGGAGAAGCUUUCUGCUGAGAGGCUGGUGAAAAUGAGUUUUCCUCAUUUAACAGACCCGAGUCUGGUCCUGAACAGCUCCUGCAGGACGCUGAUCAUACUUGAUGGUCUGGAUGAAUUCCGCUGCACUUUAAAUUUCUCCGACGCAGCUCCUUGCAAUGACCCGAAGAAAGAAGUGUCCAUCGAUGACUUAGUCACUAACAUCAUCCGAGGGAAUCUGCUCCCUGACGUAGCCGUUUGGGUGACUUCCCGGCCAGCAGUAGCCUCUCUCAUCCCCGGAGGACUGGUGGACAGAGUUACUGAGAUCCCUGGAUUCAGCCCUAAGGAAGUCCAGAUCUUCCUAAACCACCACUUCUCUGAGAGGGACUUUGCCAGCAAAAUAUGGGCCCACCUGGAGUCCCAUAAGAUCUUGAUGGUGAUGUGCUACAUACCAUGCAUUUGCUGGAUAGUCGCUGAUACUUUGUUGUACAUAAUGCAGGGUGAAACACAGGAGAGCCUUCCAAGGACUUGCACCGAGCUGUACGCCCAUUUUUGUUUCAUGAAAGCUGAGUUAGGUGAACCGAGAGGCAGGGAGCCUGUCAAAAUGGAGCAGCUUCAGGGGAGCAAUCGGAAACUGCUGGGGAAUCUGGGACGACUGGCGUUCUACGGGCUCCUCAAACACAAGUACACCUUCAGUGAGCAGGACCUGAGGGCUUAUGGGAUUGAUCUACUGUUAACUCAAGGCAGUCUUGGAGCUGGAGUUCUUGUUCGAGAGGAGUCAGCCAUAAACACAACAUACCGCUUCACGCAUUUGACUCUGCAGGAGUUUCUUGCAGCUACUUUCUACCAUGUUUCCUCCAAGCGGGCCAUCUUUGACUUGUUCUCAGAGAGUACCAUGUCCUGGCCCAAGAUUGGUUUCCAGAACCACUUCAGAAGUGCGUUUCAGCACUCUCAACAAGCUGAAGAUGGUCACUUGGAUGUGUUUGUACGCUUCCUGACAGGCCUGCUGUGCCCAGUGGCAAUCAAACCUCUCGCAGGGCUUCUGGCCCUUGGGAAAGAUGAUGGCAGCCAGAAGUCAUGGGCAGCAGGGUUCCUACAAGGCCUCUUGGUCAGUGGGGGUGCUGUGGUGUCCCUGCGAGCAGUCAACCUGGCUUAUUGUUUACAGGAGCUGCAGCAUACGGAGCUGUUACGGAGUGUGGAGGAGGAUUUACGACUUGGUACGCUCGCUGGGAAGCUAACACGGCCUCACUGUGUAGUGCUGGGCUACCUGCUGCACGUGUCUCCAGAGUGCAGCGAACAGACCAACUUAACAUCCUCUCUGAACUACGCAACAGUGAAAUGUUUGCUCCCACAGCUGCUGUACUGUAGCCAUCUCAGAUUGGAGAAUAAUCACUUUAAAGAUGAUGUCAUGGAAUUACUGGGAAGCCUCCUGAGUGCCAAAGACUGCCAUAUCCGGAAAAUAAGUUUGGCAGAGAAUUCUGUCAGCAACAAAGGUGCCAAAGCCCUGAGUCGAGCCCUCCUGGUCAAUCGCACGCUAACUUCUCUCAAUCUCCGGAACAACAACAUCGGCUCUAAAGGUGCAAAGUUCCUGGCGGAGGCUCUGAAAAUGAACCAAGUUCUGAUAUCAAUCAACUUCCAGAACAACGCCAUUGAGGAGGAAGGUGCUCAGGCGCUUGCAGAAGUGCUGCAGUGCAACCGCAAACUGGUGUCUCUGAAUAUUCGGAAAAACACAGUCGGAGCAGGUGGAGCCAAGAGGAUUGCAGAAGCACUGAAGACAAACCGGACUCUCACGAAGCUGAUUCUUUGUAGUAACCAGCUGGGGGACAAAGGAACAGUCGCUCUGGCAGAGGCUUUGACACUAAACCACACUCUGUUGUCGCUCCAACUUCAGAGUAACUCAAUCAGCAACCGGGGAAUGACAGCCUUAACCAAAGCACUUAGGCUGAACCGUGGCCUCGUCUCCUUGAAUCUCAGGGAAAACUCCAUUGGGGUGGAGGGAGCGAAGAACAUGGCACAUGCGCUCCAUGAGAACCACUCUCUACAGGACCUCGAUCUUACAGCCAACCUGUUACAUGAUGAAGGGGUUCAAGCAAUAGCUGGUGCAAUCAAGUUCAAUCGAGGCCUCAUCUCUUUGCAUCUCCAGUGGAAUUUCAUCAAGGCCACAGCCACCAAAGCUCUGGCCCAUGCACUCCUGUCCAACGCCACAAUGCAGCUGUUGGAUUUGCAAGAGAACGCCAUCGGGAACGAAGGAGUCGUUUUUCUUGCUGAAGCUCUGAAGACCAACACGUCACUGCGUACAUUAUGUCUCCAGGGAGUCUCAGCAGGUAAAACUGGUGCCAUUGCAAUAGCAGAAGCUCUAACAACCAACCAAACCCUGCAAACAUUAGACCUGCGUGGGAAUGCUGUCGGGAUGGAAGGAGCAAAGGCCAUUGCCAACGCAUUGAAAAGCAACAGAAGCCUCAAGUCACUGAAUCUGCAGGAGAACUCUCUGGGUAUGGAUGGAGCCAUAUUCAUUGCAACGGCCUUGAAGGGAAACCACCAACUGACAUACAUCAAUUUGCAGGGAAAUGGCAUUGGCGAAUCAGGAGCAAAGGUCAUAUCUGAUGCUAUAAGAGCCAGUGCUUCCGGCUGUGUGGUGGACAUCUAACUGAGCAAAGAGCAGCCUUUUCUGAGGAAAGUCGUGCCUGCACCAGAAUGCCAGUAAACUAUGUAAUUUAGUCAAACUCCAGCUGUACAAUAGAUUUAUUUUUUAAGGUUCACUGUAAUUUAUUGUAAUAUUUAUUUUGACCGUCACAUUUGUCUUUAAGUCACAGUUCAGGUUCAAGACAGAAAAUAGGAAAAUAUUCAAGAAGAUACAUGAAUGGCACCAUAUUGUAAAGUGUGAAUAGAACAUAAUGUUAAAUAACCACAAGAGGUUCAACUGGAUUCCUCUUUUCUGUCCUAAUGAAGAUGUUGUUCUGUAUUUUUGCUGUUUGCACAACUGAACUGGUGUAUAGUAAUAAAAUGGAUACGACAGACA